AUGGGGUUCCUAACCCGGAGGAAAGGUCUACAAAAGGAUCCCUUCUUACCGGCACCUGGCCGCGCGCCCCGCAGGUCUUCCGCGCCCACGCUCCUCUCCCUGCAGGUGCCUGGCUCUCCCCGGGCCCUGGACGGCUUGGCUGCCCCGUGCGCUCAGCACUCUGGGAAACAAGGAAUAUGCCACGAAGACAGGGUCACGUGUGAGGCUAGAGCUCCGGACUUGUGCGAAAACGACCUCGACUGUGAGGGACAAAGGAAGUGCUGCUAUUUUGCCUGUGGGAAGAAGUGCAUAGAUCUUUUCGAAGAACCCUGCAUGCUGCCCGUAGACCCAGGACACUGUAGAAGUGUUACUAAGCGCUGGUAUUAUGUCUUAAAACGUAAUGAAUGCAAAGAGUUUAACUAUGGAGGCUGCAAGGGGAAUACCAACAACUUCCUCAGCCGGAAAGACUGCAUGGAGGCUUGCUCUUCAACUGGUAAGGCUUUUAUCCUUGGCAACCUGAGGGCUAGUCUAACUAGAAAUAGAAUAAGAGGCCCAGGCUUUGAGGUUAAACUGUCUUGGUUCAAGUCUUGGCUCUGUCAUUCACUGGCUGGGCAGUCUUGGGGUUCAAAGGGGCUCAUGUCUGCUCUUGUUUUAGUCAAGAAAGGAGAGUGCCCAUUCUUCCCUUCCGAGGAGCGUAUGGAAUGUUCGGACUGGUGUAGGAGUGACGCUGAUUGCCCUCAAAUGGAUAAAUGUUGUGAAUCCAUGUGUGGCUUUGCUUGUGCCAGGGCCUGGACAGUCAAAUCAGGUUCCUGCCCAGAAAAGCCCCUGUCGUGUCCGAAGAUCGAGAAACCCCAGUGCCUGUACGACGAGGCCUGCCCCCUGGGAGAGAAGUGCUGCUCGCUCUGCGGGCUCAGGUGCCUGGAGCCUGUAAUGAUUAGACAGUGA